CUACAGUGUGGCCUGAGCAGGCCGAGCCAGCGCCAGUCUCGCCUACAUGACGCCGCUACACUCUUUCACACAGCUGAUCUCAGGAGCUACUGCAGCUGCUGCCGUUUAGGCCACCGGGCAAAAGGAGCUGGGCAGAGUGCUCGAACAAACGCGAGAAGAGAAGACAGCAAAAGAAAAGUUGAAGGAAAGAAGACGAAGGGAAGACUGAGGUGAAGUUUAAGAGAAGAGAAAAAAGAGAAGGACCAGAGACUGCGGAUGAAAUGACGGGUACAGACGCAGGGAUAUGCACUGAUGACUUGAGUGCCGUUACUUACAAACCAUGAAUGAGUGCAGUUGGAGGUCAGUGGCAGAGUGACGCCAAUUCUGCAGAAAGGACUGUUAACAAGAAAAUUGAAUCGAGGCUCAUUUGGGGAAAGCUGAAUCGAAGCGAAGGCCAGAAUCACGUCUCUAAGGACGCAUUUUUAUCAUCGGCGACGGAUUCCUGUCAGUUUUUCCAGGCAAGGUGAGACACAUUACCAUCCAGGACCAUCUCACCCGGACUGUCACCUGGCAAUUACACAUUUUGAACUCUGCGAGACUGAGCGACCGUCGCUGGCGAGAUGAUCCAUAACACGCUUAAGUCAACCCAGCCAUCGGAGCACAGCCCCAGGAGCACACACUCAGCCGCACAGAGGAAGCUGUGGAGGUACUCGGGCUGCAGACGGGCCGGCCAGGUGGAAAGUCACCGUCGCAGCGUGUGCGUGCUGGCUGCUGAUUUGAAUGCCGGAGGAGGAGGAGGAGGAGGAGGAGGAGGAGGUGGAGGUGUGAUGCAUACCAUCCAUGGGCUGUGCCACCUCUGCAUCGGAUGUAGGCUGCCUCAGGUGACCAUCCUUCGAGGAAAGGAUGGAUAUGGCUUCACCAUCUGCUCCGAUUCCCCUGUGAGGGUGCAGGCUGUUGAUCCAGGGGGUCCAGCGGAUCAGGCAGGUCUGCAGCAGUUGGACACUCUCCUGCAGCUAAAUGGUCAGCCAGUGGAGCAGUGGAAAUGUGUGGACCUAGCUCACGCCAUCAGGAACAGCGCCAAUGAAAUCACAGUUGUGGUGUGGCGCACGGGCCCCUCAGCAAAGCCUAGUUUCGAAGGCCUCAUCCACCGGCCCUCCUACAAGCCCUCCGCCUCCAGCUCAAACUACGAUGCCCCUUCGCCCCCGGCCCGCAGGCGCGCACCAGACGUCGGCACCAGCAAAACCCCGCCAGCUGUGCCGCCUCUCCCAGCCCACCACCGUGCCACCGCCGCCCGCAGGCUGCUGGUCAAUGGCUCCGACGCUGGAAAUAGCAGCGGCGUAGGGGUAGGGACCCUGAGGUGGGGGGCCCAGGGGGGAUCAGCUGAGGAGCUGGACGGGAAGCCGCGGCACCUCCACCACCCUCACACUGCCACGUUGAAGGGUACGAGGGUGAAGGCGUCCAACGGGGACAACUACAUCAUCCUGGCCCCCAUCAACCCCGGAAGCCAGAUCUUGAGGCCUGUUUACCAAGACAACCAGGGAACGUUAGCUGCCAGGUUAUACCCCACACGACAGGCUUCUGGUCAGCAGCCUCAGGGUGGGGCUGGGGGUGCUUUUUCUGGAGGUAUGAGCAGUGGUGGUGCUGGUGUUGCUGGUGGUGGUGGAAGUGGUGGAGGCGGUGGGGGUCUCUCUAGCCGCACGGGCUUCCUCCGUCGGUCAAACAACUCCAAGACAACAAAGACGUCGUCCACUUCCACCAGUGCCGGCAUACCUAACUACCAACAGCAGAAUGCCAACUUUGCCAACUACCAGAACUGUACCAUCGUCCGCUCACACACCCCACACGGCAACUACGGAUAUGUGAAAGUGGCACCCAAGAUCCUUAUCUUCCCCAUCUUUGUUCAACCUCUUGACCUGUGCAGCCGAGCUCUCAUCAUAUCCGAGGAGAUGAUACUCCACGAGAGCAAGCACCACUCUCUCAAGGUUACAGUGUUUGUCUACACUGACCUGAUGCUGGUGACGAGAGAAGAUGAGCCAGGCCGGUGUAAUGUACUUCAGAGUCCACUGUACCUCCGACAGCUGAGGCUCCAGGAUGAUUAUGCGGAAGAACUGAGAUUCUACCUGAUUCACAUGACCGAGAAGUGUGACUGCCUGCUCAGCCUAGAAGCCUAUUCGGCGGACCAGAAGCGCCGCGUGUGUCAGUGCCUGAAGGACAACAUCGACAAGCAGCUUCAGCUUCACAGGAGGGAGCCUCACGUUCCGCAUUUUGAACAGAUGCUGGAGCCUAAGGUGGAUGCCCCUUCAUGUGAGCUGGGCGGAGUAGGUGGCGAUCGAGGAGAUGUGGGCCUCCAUCUGCCCCCCCGCAACUCGGAAGGUGAGGAAAGCAGCCUGUACCCCUCCAGUCCCUCAGAGCCCCCAACUCUGGGUAGUCCUCACCCCUCAGAGCCUCUCACCCCUUUGGAUGACAUCUACAUGCCCCUCGGAGGUCUGGUGGGAUCCGGAGAGCGACAUAAGGUGCCUCCAACCCCGCCUCCUUCCACCGAGGGCGAGGACUGCAAGAGCAUGGAGGAGAUGGAGAUCUGGAGGGAGGAGAAGGAUGAACACAGCAGGAGAGAGGAAGGUAUUGAUGAUGAUGAUGAUGAGGAAGAUGAUUACAAGGCCUGCAGAAAGAGUCCAGGAAGUGAGGAGGAAGAGAAAGAAGACGGGUACGAUGAGGAGGGAGACAGGAACGAAGAGGAAGUCAACCUCAACCUGGUGGUGUCGAACACGGAUGAAGACAACGCCUCGGAGCCACCUGACACCAACGCUCCACCUUCCUCCUCCUCGUCCUCGUUUGUCAUCCCCGAGUUGCGUCUCGAUCGCUCCUUCAGCGCUGACGCCCUCUCCUCGCCCAACACCGACGAAGAAGAGUACGACGAAGACGACGACGACGAGUCCGAAGAGGAGGACGACGAAGACGACAGCGACGACGCCUACCUGCAGCGUAGCGACAGCAAGCGCCGCAGCAUGGUGGAGGGCGCCACCUGCGAGAAGCACGGCGGAGGCAAGCUCAGCGUGCAGAACUCCCUGCGCAGGCGCACCCACAGCGAAGGGAGCCUGCUCCAGGACCCCCGCACGCCAUGUUUCACCUCCGACAACGCCAUCAACUGCCUGGAGGUGGGGGGAGCGCACCACAAGGGCGGCUGGACGCUGCCAUCACCUAAAACCCUGAAGAAAGAGCUGACCAAGAACGGGGGCUCCAUGCAUCAGCUGUGUAUGCUGUUCUCCGGGAGGAAGCUGAGCUCCGGAUCCCCCUGUAGCUGCGAGGUCGGCCCCGAAGGGACAAAGAAGAAGAAAUCCAAGAACCUGGCCAAAGACAUGAAGAACCGGCUGGCUUUCCUGCGGAGGAGGAAUGAAUCCCCAGGAAGCAACCCAGCCAGCAAGUUAGACAAAUCCAUGAAGUCAGUCAAGCCUACCCCGGAGGAGGCGCUGAAGUGGGGGGACUCACUUGACAAACUGCUGGCACACAAAUAUGGUCUGGCAGCCUUCAGAGCUUUCCUGCGCACAGAGUUCAGCGAGGAGAAUCUGGAAUUCUGGCUAGCAUGCGAGGAAUACAAGAAGAUCAAGUCGCAGUCCAAGAUGGCCUCAAAAGCCAAGAAAAUCUUUGCAGAAUACAUCGCCAUCCAGUCGUGUAAAGAGGUCAAUCUGGAUUCGUACACCAGAGAUCACACUAAGGACAACCUGCAGAAUGUGACGCGCUCCUGCUUCGACCUAGCGCAGCGGCGGAUAUACGGGCUGAUGGAGAAGGACUCAUACCCACGCUUCCUGCGCUCAGAACUCUACUCGGACUUAAUCAACCAAAAAAAGCCCAGCUCCACUCCGACUUCAUCGUCAUCAUAAAGAGACCAGGAAACAGGAUACGAGGACGAAGAGGAAGAUGAUGACGAGAGAAUAGCAAAACAAAAGGGGGGCAGACUUGAAGUAGCGUGGGUGGGCGGGAUGUGAGGUUCUCUGUUUGCCUUUUUAUUUGUGUGUGUGUGUCUGUCAUCCUGUCCACUGUGAUUUUGUUGUUGUUGUUGUUGUUUAUUAUGGUGUGAGAGGACGCGGCAAAGCUAUUGGCACUGCAGAGGAAUGUAGUUUACACAGUUACCAGGUGGAUGGAUGGAUGAAUGGACCGAUGUGUGGAUGGAUGUUACUAAAAAAUGCAGAAGCCCACGAAGCGAGGGGCCGGGAGCAGCAGCUGGACGCUUGUCUGAUCACUGUCUCUUUGGGUUUUGAUUUUGGUGUCAGUCUUUUUUUUCUUAAGUUUCUUGUCCAGUCGUACUGGAGAAAAGGAGGGGUUGCUCAGAAAAUCCUGCAGACAUGAAGACAGUCCGGUACUGUUUUGUCACUUUUAUUUUUUCCACCCCCUUGCAAAACGUUUAAAUUCCCCUCCUUUCCUCCACCUCAUUCUCUGUGAAGCCACUUCAAAAGCUGUCGGUACGACACAAAGUCCUUCUUCUUUGUGUUUUUUUUCUUUUCUAAGUGUAUCAUGGAGGGAGGGAAGAAAAAAAAAAACAAGAUGAUGUCUGAACGAAAGCGAGCACUCUGGCUCAGUUUCGCACUCAUCUCCGUCUAACACCUACACCCCACCCUCCCCCCCAAAAAAGCUUCUUUCAAACAGCUUUCACCUUUAUUCAACUCAUCGCAAGACUGUGGAAAGUUACUGUGAGCGUUCGACAGGGACAAAAGAUGGAGACGGCAGUCGGGGCAAAGAUGCACAUGUAUAAAUGACGGACGCACCGGAGCUGUGAUGAAACGCAGAGAUGUGUCAGUCUAAGAGUCACAUUCGAAGCCAGUAAUGGAAAAAAAAGACGACUUGCUUCCUGUCUCCAAAGACUGUUUACAACGAGGAGCGAGAAAAAACUCAAGAAGAACCUGAAGAAAAGAAAAAGAAAAUAUUCUGCGCAGCCAAAAGGACAUUUCCUUCAACAUUGUAGCUCAUUUCUGGACUAACCGAGGAAGCAUUCUCAGGACAUUGCUAUGACAGUUUUCCGGCAUUUUUGUUUUGUUUUGUUUUUUUCUACACACUCAACAGUUUUUUUGUUUGUUUUUUUAAAAUAUGCUUUAGGGUUCCAACCUGCACUCCCUAGUUCUUCCGAGCAAUACAGCGAGAGGUUGCUCAAUGUCAUAGUCAGAGGAAGAAGAAGAAAAAACAAAAGAGAGAGAAAAGCUUCAUGUUGUACAAAAAGUUUGCCUAUUUAUUUAGAUUAACUCGCUGGACGCUUCUACAGACACCCUCACCUCCUUUCAAAAGCACUCAGCUAAAAGCUCUCACUUUCCUCUUUUAACCACCAAACAGGUCCAAUGCUGUCCUGAAACUUUAAGUGCAAUAUUUCUUUUUUUUCCUUUUUUUUUUUUUUUAAUUUUCUUAUUUUAUUUUAUUAUUAUUAUGUUCAUUUAUUUGGAUAAUUUUUGAAUUUUUAUGGGGGGAAAAAGACGAAUGGCUUGAGCUCUGUAUUAACUUUAUUUGUUAAGAGAAGACAAAAAAAAAAUACAAAAAACGUAGAGCUAUAAGGUUGACUUACAACGCAAAACUUUCAAGAAACAUAAGUAGUUUAACGAAUUUUAAGCAAGUGAUUCUAACUGUGUGUUUAAACCCCCGGCAGCAGGCAGCCGGGGCGCGUUAUGGUUGUAAAUAUAAUUCUUUAAGAAAACUAUGUGAUAACACAUUAAAAACAAACAAAAAACAAAAAGCCAAUAGGUCUCUGCUGGUGAAGAACGUGGGACCUGGCUGUAUCUAUGUAAAUAUGAGAGACUCAAAAACUAUAAGAUGAGAUGUAUUGUUAAAAAAAAAAUAAAAAUAAAAUAGGUGAGCAAGAGCAGGUACAAUCUGCUCUCUUCCCUGGUCAUACACUGCUUGUAAGGAGUUUUUUCUGAAAUGCAUUUUAUCAUUUUCACUGUUUACAAUUCAAAAAUGCAUCUCCUAUGAUAGCAAGUGAAAACAGUAGAGUACAUUUGGUGUCAUUGCUAAUGAUAAAUAAACCAACCAACUGAUGAA